AUGGACGCUGCAAUUCCAGCCGGCGUCGUCGUCGCCGCUGGCGUCGCUCUCCAUAACGACGGCGUCGUAGUGGAGAAGGAGGAGAUCGUAGUCGGGAUCGAGCUUCAGCUUGACGGUCUGCCACAAGAACCGACACAAAAAGGCCGAAAAGGGAAUCUUCUUAUGGCCGACGUUUCAGUAGACACCUCCAACAUGACCCCCUCUGAGCUGCUCGCCCAAGGAGUGAAGGCGUUCGUCCUGCAGGACUUCGACGCCGCCGUCGCGGCGCUCAGCAAGGCCAGCGAGAUCCUCGUCAGAGAUGCAGUCCCUAGAAAUAAUGAAGAAGAUUCCGGUGACGAUGACGAAGAGCAAGUUGAAAAUGGCGAAGAAAAUGGUGACGAAAACGGGAAGAAAGAGAACGGCGUGGAGGCCGAAACAGGGGAACAAGAGAAAACCGAAGAAAAUGCCGAAGAAGUUUCAAAAGAAGGUGCAUCUUCGACAAGCAAGACACCCAAAGAUGAAGCAUCUGGUUCUGACAAGCCAGAGGAAAAGCCAGACACAGAAGAAGAACCCACCGACCUCCAAGUAGCCUGGGAAGUCCUCGAACUAGCCAAAAAAAUCUUCCAGAAGCUCGGAGACGACGGCAAAAAAAACCUAGCCGAAACCCUAACAGUCCUCGGGGAAAUAUCUCUGGAAAGCGAAAACUUCGAAUCAGCAGUCAACGACAUCAAAGAAGGCCUCGAAAUUCAGAAGCAGCUUUUCGGUCCGGAUAGUCGCACCAUAGCCGAAACUUUCUACAAGCUAGGAGUUGCAUACGCCACCAACUCCGAGAUAGAAGAAGCCGUCCAGAGUUUCCAGGGCUCUCUGGAUCACCUGAGAAACAGGAUAGCGCACCUGGAGAAGCUGGAAGAUAAGAAGGAUGAAGCGGAGGACGAGCUUAAGGAUAUUCAGAGCUUGAUUCCGGAUAUUGAGGAGAAGAUCGCGGAUAUGAAGAGCUACAAGGCAGAGGCGCUGAAAAAAAUUGUAUCUGCGGUAACUGAAGGGAAAACUUCUGAUGGAGCCUCAACUUCUUCGAGCGCGGUAGAAUCCAAACCUGUCACGAAUAUUUCGCAUCUUGUGAAAAGAAAACGAAAAGCAGAUGACAUUACUGACGAAAAAGACAUAUCUGAAGCUAACCCCAAUAAGAAAGUCAAUCAGUAAAACACUUUUUUAAUGUUCGAUCGAAUAAAUAUGUACAAAUUAAGAUUUUAAACUUGAUGUUGAGUAUUUAGUUCUCAAGGAGAAUUUUCUCAUUUUGUUUAGACUUGUGAUGUAUUGGUGUGAGUUUUAUACUAUUAAUAAUUUUUCACAUGUGUACUCAUUUUGAUUAGUUCCUCCUUAGUUUAAGGUGUCGUACAGCUCUUUCUCCAAUUUUUUUCGGUACCAUAAAUUUGCUGAUAGCUGUAGAAUCCUCAUUAUCAGAAUAACUCUCAGUACUGAAAAAAAAAAAAAAAGAAUUUGCGUCACAUAAUACAUAAACAUGGUAUAUGGAAUUGUAUUUAGCAGUGAGUGAAUUAAAUAUCUAUUUUUAACC